AUGACGACUGCAUGGGACGCAUGGCCGUCCACGCCGCCGUCCAUGUCGCCGCUGUCGCGCAGCCCACGCAGCCCAGCUGUCGUCGCGUUCAGCCCUGGCGGUAUGAUGAGCUUUAGUCCUCGCGCGUCGUUUGACCGCAGCUGGGCGUUGACAGCACGCCUCUCGCCACCAUCUGUCAAUGUCCCCACCCUCCCUCCCGAGAUUAUCCGUCGCAUCAUUCGACACGCGCUGGCUUUACCGCCCACGGCGCCGCCGAGAAUCAGGCGGGACGCCAAGACUGGUGCCCCGGUCAACGCUCCGACCCCGGACUGGGACAUGUAUGCAGGCAAAGCAAGGGCUCGCGCUCGUCAUGGAGAGGCUGCUGCCCGUGAGAGCGUGAUGCGUACUGCCCGCACACUCCUGCAUGUGUGUCGAGCGUGGAAACUUUUAGUGACAAAGUAUCUCUAUGCCGAGCCACACAUUACUCCCGACAACGUUGUCGCACUGGCUCACGCUGUCGAGGCCGGCGACCGCAAGUGGUCCGACCUAUGUCUCCACCCACACUCUUACCCCGGACGUUGGCUCACGGUGCUGGACCUCAGCCACAUUGGACCAGGCGGGUACUAUGGCGCAGACGCCAUUUCAAUGUCCCGGGCUCUGUCGGCGCUUCUCGAGCUGAGCCCGAGCGUGACCCACCUUCGCCUCCCACCACAUGGUGUGCGGCUCGAUGACCUCCGCGUGGCACCAUGUAUGCGUAGACUCAAGGCGCUCGAGGGCGUGCACUUGGGCCCCGGUGCCGGAUCUGAGGAGGACGCCAUAAAGGUGCUGCGUGCGGCCAAGGCGCUCGAAAUCCUUGGCCUGGUGUGGGUCGGGUCGGUGCCUACAACACCGCCCAACGAGCUCGACCUGGACGCACUCAGUCUCGACAACCCUCCGCCACCACGUCGAGACCUCGAGCUCCCAAGGCUUCACACUCUGUACCUCGUUGGCGGGCGCGCCGGUCCCCUCCUCGCCGCCCUCACACGUGCAGACCUCCCGAGCUUGGUGCGCCUAGUGACUUCGCCGUACGAGACGUCGUUGUCAGCGUUCGACGACGACCCGGAGCGUGGUGGGCCCCGUGCUCUCCAAGUUGCCCAUGGGCCUAAAAUCCUGUCGCUCACGUACGUCUCGGCAAACGACUGGCCACGUAGCGACCUGCUCCCGCCACCUGACACCUUGGCGUUGCACCCGGCUCUCGUGCACCUUCACCUGUCGCUGCCACACUCGCUCCUGAAUGACAGUCCACACCUCGCUACGGCGCUUGCGAACCCCCACCACCCUCUCGAGGCAAUCACCGUCCCGCGCUGGCCGCGGGUGGUUGCCGGCGCCGAAAUGUCUCCCCACCCGGCCACCCCAUCUCCAACAGAGUCGGGCGGACCACCUGCUCCGAAUGGAAACCACUUCCUCGCCGCCCUGUGUGCACGCAAGUCGCGUAUCAAGACGGUCUCCGUGGAGGGGUUCACAUGGGUGGCCCCCGCACUGGGACGGUUUGCAGCUGAGAGCGGCGACUCGGGCAUGAUGCGCCAGUGGGCUACAUGGCUCGGGCGUGCUGGCGUCGAGUUGCGGGACAGCGAGGGCAACACGGCGCCAGUGAUUGAGCGCGGCCGGGAGCAGCGCGGUGGGCCGUGGGGAGGGAGGAGGAGUGUGGACGGCGGCAGGAGGCCGUCGUUUGGGUGGUAG